AAGGCGGUGGUAGCAGUAAUAAUAUUUUUGCUUUUUCUCUUUUUAAUUUUUUGUUAUUUUGUUUAUGAAUUUUCUUUUAUAAAUAGACAUGUAAAACCCAUGAUUAAGAUUCCCCCACCACUCCCACCACCUCUCUUUCUCUCUCUAAAAAUAACUAGAAAGAGAGUGUUGUUUGUUUCCCGAGAAAAUCAGCCCAGAAAAUGAUUUGGUCAAUGUCUACAUUCCUUCACAUGAGUCUCUUCUCAUCUUACUCUCUUCUUUUUCUUCUCAUAGUUUCCAAAGGGGUUUCAGGAGCUACAUUCACAUUCAUAAACAAGUGUGAUUUCACAGUCUGGCCGGGAAUUCUCGCCAGUGCCGGAAGUCCCAAACUCGACAGCACCGGAUUCGAGCUCUCAAAAGGUACAUCUCGUUUAUUCCAAGCUCCAACGGGUUGGUCCGGUCGAUUCUGGGGUAGAACCGGUUGCACCUUCGACAAUUCAGGUCAAGGCUCGUGUAUAACCGGAGACUGCGGUUCCGGUCAGGCGGAAUGCAACGGUGCGGGAGCAACUCCUCCGGCGACUCUAGCAGAGUUCACACUGGGGUCUGGUUCACAAGAUUUCUACGACGUGAGCUUAGUUGAUGGUUAUAAUCUUCCUAUGGUGGUUGAAGGGAGUGGUGGAUCGGGUACGUGCGCGUCCACGGGGUGUGUAUCUGACCUCAAUCGUAGUUGUCCCACGGAGCUUAAGGUGGAUGGUGGUGGAGCGUGUAAAAGCGCGUGUGAGGCGUUUGGGUUGGAUGAGUAUUGUUGUAGUGGCGCGUAUAAUACACCGGCGGCUUGUAAGCCGAGUAUGUAUUCGGAGAUAUUUAAGUCGGCUUGUCCAAGAUCGUAUAGCUACGCUUAUGAUGAUGCCACGAGUACUUUUACUUGUUCUGGUGCUGAUUAUACUAUUACAUUUUGCCCUAAUCUUCCAAGUUUAAAAUCUCCAAUUACAACAGGGAGUGGCACAAGUUUAGCUGGAUCAGAACCCGGGUCUACGGGUUCGGUAACCGGGUCGGGUUCUGGACCAAUACAAGAGGCUUCAUUGGCUAGUUCAUGGCUAGCAAAUAUGGCAACUGGGGAUUCAAUCAAAACCCAAAAUAGUUUAGCUUUUGAGUCUUCAUUGGUUUUGGUCAUGGGCUUGAUUCUCUCAUUUUUGCACUUGUGAUUAAGAUUAAGAAGAAUAAUUUGGUUACUAAAAAUGACUUAAAAUUAUUUCUCUCAUAAUAUUUUUGGGGCAAAAGAAAAAAAAAAUUAACAUAUUUUGUAUGGUGAAGUUGAGAGAAUACAGAUUGGAAAGGGAAACCACCAAUUUUCAAAGUCUAUAAAUAAUUCAUAUUUAAUUUAAUAGGAAAAAAGAUGUAUUAUUGUAUAAAGUAUAAUAAUUAAUUAAUAAAAUAGGAAUUUUCUUAA